AUGGUUUCCUUCAAGAACAUCGCUUUAGCUACCCUCGCUGUGUCUUCAUCCACUACCACCGUCAACGCGUUAUCAUUUACCAAUCAAUACUGGGACAAAGCUGUGGCAAUCUUCAAGAAUCCAUCGUCCUUGAUCCCUCAAUACUCCCGAGUCGCUGCAUUUGGCGAUACUAAACCAGUGCCUGGAGAUUCACCAAUUGAGAUCUGCGAUUUCACCGAAUCACAAUUGUUAAAAUUGACCAAAGUCGACUUGACUCCAAACCCACCAAAGGUCGGAACCAAUUUGACGUUCACUGCUGUUGGGACCGUGGACCAGACCAUUGAAGAUGGUGCGUAUGUAGAAGUCGAGGUCAGAUACGGGUUCAUCAAGUUGAUCCACCAAACAUACGAAUUGUGUGACGAAAUCACCAAAGUUGAUUUGGAAUGUCCGAUCAAGAAAGGGGAGCAUGUGAUUAGCAAAGUGGUUGAAAUCCCAGAAGAAGUUCCUCCAGGUAAAUACUUGGUCACUGCCAGAGCUUAUACUAAAGACGACGAGUAUAUUACUUGUCUCACUGCCACUGUCGUCUUCCCUGUUGAGUAG